AUGGCGCGCGACGCAGCCGCACACAACCAGCCCCCGGCCUACGCCUCGGACCAGGAAAAGGGCCUCUCCGGCGCCGGCAGCGGCAGCGACGGGGCCAAGAAGGAUGUCCUCGGCGGCGACGGCCCCGUCGCCCGGGUCUCGCUGUCGAGCGGCAGCGGCGUGCCGAGCCGCGACGCCACCCACCGCAAGCUCAAGUCGCGGCACAUUCAGCUCAUUGGCAUUGGCGGCACCAUUGGCACCGCCCUGUAUGUCCAAAUCGGCAAGGGCCUCCUCAAGGGCGGCCCCGGCAGCCUCUUCAUCGCCUUUGCCUUUUGGUGCACCUUUAUCCUCGCCGUCACGCUCUGCAUGGCCGAGAUGGUCACCUACCUGCCCAUCUCGUCGCCGUUUAUCCGCUUCGCUGGCCGCUACGUCGACGAGGCGUUCGGCUUCGCCGCCGGCUGGAACUUUUUCGUCUUCGAGGCCGCCCUCGUGCCCUUCGAGGUCGUCGCCUGCAACUUGAUCUUGCACUUCUGGACCGACGUCAUCCCCACCGCCGCCGUCAUCGUCAUCAUCAUUGUCCUCUACGCCCUCAUCAACGUCCUUGCCGUGCAGUGGUAUGGCGAGACUGAGUUUUGGGCUGCCGUUGGAAAGGUAUUGCUCGCGGUUGGUCUUAUCGCUUUUACGUUCAUCGUCAUGGUUGGCGGGAAUCCCACGGGUGAUCGAUUUGGGUUCCGCUACUGGCGCGAACCGGGCGCCUUUGCAGAGCUGUACUAUGAUGGCGCCUUAGGCAAGUGGCUCGGCUUCCUGCAGUGCCUCAUCCAGGCAGCGUUUACCAUCGCAGGGCCCGACUACGUGUCCAUGGCGGCGGGCGAGGCCGAGAACCCGCGUGUCGUGAUGCCGCGCGCCUACAACGCCGUCUUCUACCGACUGACGGCCUUCUUCGUCCUCGGCGCCCUCUGCGUGGGCAUCCUGGUUCCCUACGACGACGAAGUCCUCACCGCCGCCUUCAAGAACGCCGAGCCCGGUGCCGCCGCGUCGCCCUACGUCGUCGCCAUGAACCGCCUGCGCAUCGGCGUCCUGCCGCACAUCGUCAACGCCAUGGUCCUGACGGCCGCCUUCUCCGCUGGCAACUCGUACGUCUACUGCGCGUCGCGCUCGCUCUACGGCCUGGCCCUCGAGGGUAAGGCCCCCAAGUUCAUGACCAAGUGCACCAGGGCGGGCGUGCCCGUCUACUGCGUCGGCUUCGUCCUGUGCUUCGCGCUGCUGGCCUUUCUGCAGCUCGAGAGCAACGCCGCCAAGGUCCUGGACUGGUUCGUCUCGCUCGUCACCGCCUCGCAGCUCAUCAACUUUGCCGUCGUCUGUACUACGUAUUUGUUCUGGUACAAGGCCCUGCGAGCCCAGGGCAUCAGCCGGGACAGCCUGCCGUACAAGGCCUGGCUGAUGCCGGGAGCGGCCUGGUACGGGCUCGUCGGCACCUUUGUCAUGGCCUUUGUCGGCGGGUACACGGUGUUUCUGCCGCUGCCAGGCCAGUGGAGCGUGCCCGACUUUUUGUUCUCGUACACCAUGAUCCCCGUCUUCCCGAUCCUGUACUUUGGCUGGAAGAUUGUGCACAAGACUCGCAUCCUCAAGCCGCACGAGGUGGACCUGCUCAAGGACAAGGCCGAAAUUGACGAGUACGAGCGCAACUACAUUCCCGCGCCGCCCAAAAACAUGUUUGAAAAGAUUCUAGAUAAGCUGUUUGGCUAG